AUGGCAUCGCUGCGAAAAAUGAAUACGGCGCUUGAGCUGAAGCACCCGCGCUACUCCUGUCGCGUUCAAUCCAAGAGCGAGCCCAACAACUGGGAACAAGAAUCGUGCCAGGGCGACGACAACAACCAUGAUGCAGGUAAUCAGGCUGUAGCCGGUACUGCAGCUAGAGGAGCUCCAGCAAACCGUGGACAGUCGCAUCGACGCGUGUCGGCGCCUCCAACGCAACCCGGAUCCAACAUUCCACGACGCAAGCCGCCCAAGGCUACGCACACUCAAGUGCUUCGAGAUGUGCCAAGCGUGCCUGACCUUGGCGACGAAAACCAAAUUCAGCCUGUUGUCGAUGCCAAGUGCGACAAGACCGCCAACAAAGAUCAUGUCGGCACCGACGAGAACCGACCUCCGAUUAGCGACGGUGGGUUUCGCGGGCGUGGGCGGCGCGGCCGGGGCUUCUUUCGUAGCCGCAGAGGACGAGGCCUACGAGCAUCUCCAUCAGCAAAAGAUGGAGGCAUUGAUAAGGCGUGA